GUUCGGACAUGUCAAACAUCCUUGUAGUUAUCCUGAUUGCAUACCUUGCAUACGCAGAAGGAUCACCGGUAAGAGAUCAUGAUCAUGUCACCAGGAGCCCAUAACCCGGAGAGAGUAACUUCCAUAAGCUCCAUGUAAAGAAAUCCAAGACAGUGUUGGAUUCUGGAUCCCAUGGUAUAGAUUCCAGAUUCCAGGUAUUCUCCGGAUUCCGGAUUACUUGUCAUGGGAAGGUGGAUUCCGGAUUCCUUAAGCUGAAUUCUGGAUUUCAAAGCCCAGGAUUCCAGUUUUCAGAAGCAAAGCUUUCCAGAUUUUCCGAAAUAAAGAUUACCUUAUAUGGGGCGUUUCCAUGUACUCGUGCCACGACGUUUUCAUCGGUUCUCAUCAGUUAAGGGCUCCUGGUUUCACAUUCCUUUCUUUUAACUUAUUUACAGUUGAAGCACGAUGCGUUUUCUUUUUUUUUUUUUACUUUCUGUAAUACCUGUAACUUUCAUGUUCCUGUGUUUUCACUGUCACUCAUCAUUUGAAAAGGGUGCUUGAGGAAGGUGCGGUAUCAUUUCUUCUCCAGCAAGCUAAUGAUGAUUUUACAAAACAAAAUUGGAAUUUUAUAUAGUUGGUCAAUUUUUUGGCAUUUUCAAUGAUGGCAUGAAAGAGUAAAAAUCAGGUUGUUUCUCUCGCAAAAACGCAUAAAGAAAAUGGUUCCCGGCUUGUGUUUAUAACUUUGGGCGGUAUUUCUGCUAUAGGUAGGACUACUGACGUUGCACUUUGGAUUCCUUUUGUUUAUUCAUUUAUUGAACAUUGAAGGGUAACCACAACAGUGAGAUAAUUCGCCGAUUAGUGUAGGUUCAAUCCCUUUCCGCCAAGCAACCAAGAUUUGUGUCCCGUUUAAAAAAUAUAACAGCUUCUUCUACCAAAUCAAUUAACCUUUGUGUGAUUUUCUCUCCACAGCGUCUUAUUCAAGGUAAGAGUCAAAUUAUAGUCGUCAUUACACAUUUUAGUUCAGAAUCAUAAUGAAAUGAAUAACCUCAAUCCUUGAAUCACAAUGGAGCAUGCUUCUCCUGCGAACCACGCCCUUAUACCUGUAAAAUCGCCGACAUUCAAAAGAAAAAGGAGGUUAAAACGUCUGGUCACUUUAUUCAACAAGCUUACGUUGCAACUGUCCCAACAAAUCGUUGCCCCCUUAACUUUGCCACCUUGUCCUGACUUUGGAGCAUGCGCAGCCAUAACCUGUGGACCACGCUUCUCCUGUGAACCAUGUCCUUGUGACUGUAACAACGCCGGGUGCGUUCCAACAGCACCGCUUCCAACUCCAGAUAAAAGUCAUUUACUUAGUCUUUUUGAUCUUAAAUAUGAAAUGCAAUAGGCCAUUUCCGGGUUCCAAAAACCCUCACUUUCAAAACGAGGCUAAGUGUAAAACCUUUCUUAUGAUAUUGAGCUUCAUUUGCAUCAGAAUAAGAAAAACCAUUUUCAUAUCAAUGGCCUAGCACUUAGCCUCGUUUUGAAAUAGAGGCCUGGGGCAACUCGAAAAUGGUCUAUUAAAAUGGAAGGUUUAUUUACAUAAAUAAUCUAUUCAGUUCGACUCAACAAGCCCAGGAUGUCAAUGUAGAAACAAAAUUCUGCAAUCUUGGCCUGACUAUGGAGCAUUCGCAGCCAUAACCUGUGGACCAGGAUUCGGCUGCCAGCCAUGUCCUUGUAAUUGUGAAAUUGCCCGGUGCGUGCCAACUCCUUCCCGAUAAAAGUAAUAUAGUGUUCUUUUCCUUUUAAAAAGUUAAAAUGCUUUAUCACGUUAUUCAACAGGCUCAGGUUGCAAUUGCUCUAACAAAUCUUUCACACAAUUUACCACCUUGCCCUGAUUUUGGAGCAUGCGCGCCAUAACCUGUGGGCCAGGCUUCUCCUGUGAGCCAUGUCCUUGUAACUGUAAUAUCGCCCAGUGCGUCCUGACAGCACCCCUUCCAACUCCAGGUGAAAGCCAUCAUGUAACUAUAGUCUUUAACUUUAAAAUGUAAAAUGCAAUAGAAAUAAAGUGUCUCAAGGACCUAUUGUUUGACUCAACAGGCCCAGAAUGCCAAUGCCGCAACGAAACUCUGCCACCUUGCCCUGAUUUUGGAGCAUGCGCCGCCAUAACAUGUGGACCAGGCUUCUCCUGUGAGCCAUGUCCUUGUAAUUGUAGUAUCGCCCGGUGCGUUCCAACAACAACGCUUCCAAGUCCAGGUAAAAGCUAUUUACUUAUCAGUCCUUUUGAUUUUAAAUAUAAAAUGCAGUUAAAAUGGAAGGUUUUACAAAUGUCCUAUUCUGUUUGACUCUACAGGCCAAGGAUGCCAAUGCAGCAACAAAACUCUGCCAUCUUGUCCUGACUUUGGAGCAUGCGCAGCGAUAACCUGUGGACCAGGCUUCUCCUGUGAGCCAUGUCCUUGUAACUGUAAUAUCGCCCGGUGCGUGCCAACAGCACCGCUUCCAACUCCAGGUGAAAGCCAUGUAUAUAGUCUUUAACUUUAAAAUGUAAAAUGCCAUGGAAAUCGAAUGUCCCAAGGACUUAUAUUUUAUUGCUUGACUCAACAGGCCCAGAAUGCCAAUGCCGCAACGAAACUCUGCCACCUUGCCCUGACUUUAGAGCAUGCGCAGCCAUAACUUGUGGACCAGGCUCCUCCUGUGAGCCAUGUCCUUGUAACUGUAACAUCGCCCGUUGCGUUCCAACAGCACCGCUUCCAACAUCAGGUAAAAGCCAUUUACCUAUUAGUCCUUUUGAUUUUAGAUAUAUAAUGCAAUUAAAAUGGAAGGUUUAAAUGUCCUAUUCUGUUUGACUCAACAGGCCAAGGAUGUCAAUGCAGCAACGAAAAUCUGCCACCUUGUCCUCACUUUGGAGCAUGCGCAGCCAUAACGUGUGGACCAGGCUUCUCCUGCGAACCAUGUCCUUGUAACUGUGAAAUUGCCCGAUGCGUGCCAACAGCACCCCUUCCAACUCCAGGCGAGUCAUGGAAAUUUUUUUAUUAUUAUUAUUUACUUAAAGGAUGCAAAAUACAACUGUCCCAACGUAUCCUUGCCACCUUACCCUGAUUUUGGAGCAUGUGUAGACAUACCCUGUGAGCCAGGCUUUUACCGCGACUCAUGUCAACAGCUCCCCUUCCAACGCCAGGUGGAAGACAUAUACAGUCUUUUUACUUUAAAAUGUAAAAUGUAAUGGAAAUGGAAUAUGUCAAGUACCUUUUGUUUGACUCGACAUGCCCAGAAUGUCAAUGCCGCAAGAACAAUCUGCCACGUUGCCCACUUUUCGAGCUUGUGCAGCCAUAAGUUGUGGACUAGGCCUCUCUUGCGAGCCAUGUUCUUGCGACUGUAACAUCGCCCGGUGCGUGCGGCGAAGAGUUCCAGGUGAAAAUUCCUUUUAUUUAAACAUAAAAGUGUAAUUCUAAUUAAGGGAUUGAUGAUUUAUUGCUUAACUCAACAGGACGAAGAUGCAAAUGGCGUAACAAAUUUUUGCCACCUUGC